UAGUUUGCUUUACCAUUUGGAAAUAGGCUAGGAGCUUAUGUUGUUCAACAGGCAGAACUGAUGGGUUCUGAUGCAGAUCCUAUUUAUUCACCCCUUAGAGGCUUGAUGUCCUGAAGUUCGAUUGAGGGGAGAUAGAUGGUGAAAUUAGGUUGAGAGCUGUGAAGAGUGGAGAGAGAGACGAGACGUGGGAGGCUGAGCGUAGUAAAAAUUCUUCCUAAACUGAUGAGAAAGUUCUUUUGACUAAGAAGAACUGCAAAGAUCUCAUGCUAUGGAGAUGAAGAUGGCAAUAAAUCCAAGCAAAUAAUCCAGCUGCUUCCAUUGUGCCAACUAAAAGUUCCUUUGUGUCAAAAUGAACAGUCUUUGAGAAGAAUCUGGAAAGCAGAUAAAUCUGAAAAAUGGGAGAAAGAGUAAGGACCCCAGAUUCUGAACAUGACAGGAAAUCAGAUGAGGAUCAAAAUAGUGACUCUUAUUAUUCAGAUGAAGAUAAUGCAUCUCAUUCAUCUGGCCAGUCGUCAACACUAAGCUAUCCAUCUACAAGCCAUGAAAAAAGAAAGCCACAGACUUUAAAUAGCCUUGUACACUACCAAGCCACAAAGAAAUUGGGCUCCAAAUAUGCACCAAGCAAAAGAGGGCUGCAGUGGGGUGCCCGUUCUCAGAGCCUCACUAGGGAUUCGCCUGCAAAAGAUAUAGAUCUGGUUACAAAAAGAGUUCUUUCUGCUAGGCUGCUGAAAAUCAAUGAGCUCCAAAACGAACUGACUGAACUCCACAUCAAACUAGAUGAGCUGCAGAAGGAAAACAGGGCACUGAAGAGGCUUCAGCACAGGCAGGAGAAAGCCUUGAAUAAGUUUGAAGAUACAGAAAAUGAAAUCUCUCAGCUCCUGGCUCGGCACAGCAAUGAAAUUAGAGUAUUAAGGGAGCGUCUACGAAAAUCUCAGGAGAAGGAACGAGCAACAGAGAGACGGCUGAAAGAUUCAGAAGAUGAACUGUACAGAACAAAAACUGUCUUGCAGAAACUGAAAAAGCUGUCUGCAGAUAAGCACCUUGCUGAAAGAGAUGACCUGGCAAAGAAACUGGCCUAUGCAGAGAGCAGGCUAGAGGACAGUGAAAAAAGAAUUAAGGAUCUGGAAAAAAAUCUUGAAUUAAGUGGUAGCAGUUUUCAACGAGAGUUACAUUCAAAGAAGAAAAAGAUGCAUGAGACUCAAGAAGAAAACAGAGCUCUUCAAGAAGAGCUUCAUCAACUAAGUCAGAAGCUGAAGGAAAAAGAAAGAGAGCUUGAAGCAAAAAAUAUAUAUGCUAAUCGUAUGUUGAAGCUGUCACCAAGAAAGGAUGUAGAUCUUGUACAAAGAAAACGAGCCAACAACCAAAAUAUUAAAAAAGGAAUGCAGCUGACAAAAGGUGUACAGACCACUGGGUCCUUCUCACCAAUAGAAUUUCUUCCAGAAUCAGAACUUGCCUGUAGUGAUACAGCAAACAAGAAAGAAGGGAUUCGUCCUAAAACAGAAGAAGGAGCUCAAGACAAAGAGUGGAAAGAGGAAGGAGACCUCCUAAGACAAGACCAAGACAGGGAAAGGGAAGAGAAACUGAAACGUUUUCAGGAAAUGCAGGCUGUAGAGGAGAGAGUUCAAAAACUACAUGAUGAGUGGGAAAGAGAAGACAAAAUGAAAAAGGAAAGCAGCUUUUUUUUGGAUAAAGAAGAGAAGACAAAGAUGGAGACAGAAAUCCACAAACCUGAAGUAGAGAGACAAAGCACCGAAGUGCUGGAAGAGCAGCACCAAAGGGCAUUCCUGCUUGCUAAAAUGCAAGAAAUUGAUAGAGAAACUCAAAAUGUAACCAACAUGAAACCUGCUUCCCAAUCACCACUCAUAAAUACUGCAAGAAAAUCCGAUUUCCUGGAGAAAAAAGAAAAAGCUAAUCAAUUCUUUGACAUUCCCAGCAAAGUUACUAAUGGAUUUCCCAUGGAUGAUUUCCAGGACGAUGCCACAAGAGCACAAGGGCAGAAGCAACGUAACCUAAGGACCGUAGAUUUAAGUAGUGGGCUAACAUUUGGUAGUUAUGUACCUUCCUUUGGGAAAGGUUUAGGGAGACCAAGUUGGCUUUCUCAAAAAAGUGUCAACUUAGAAGAAAAUGUUAAGGAAAAUGCAGACUUUAGUAGUAAGAAAGAAAGGAAGUCCAGUUUAAUGAAACAACUCUUUGGAAGCAGUGCCAGUACCGUCCUUCUCUCUAAAACUAAAGAUACAACACCUUUUGACAUAGAUUGGGACACUAGUAAUGCUCCUCUUGUUGAUAAAAACAGUAAAGUCAAAGGAAAAGAAGACUUUGAGCUUUUCAGUGAAGGAAGAAACCUAACCAGACACAGUUUGCAACACUUUGCAAGUAAGGCAGGAGUUCAGACCCUUGGUUCUUUAGAAGAUGAAAUUGAAGAAGUAAUCUUACAUUGAUAUUUUUUUAUGUUUCAUAUGUAAACACUGAAAAAAUAUUUUCAUGUAAUAUUUAUUAGAUAAAUAUUUUGAAACACUUCAGAUAUAUUGUAAAGCCUUAUGAAGGAAAAAUUUACAUAAAUGGGUAUAUUUAUAGAGGAAAGAUGCACUUUGAUAGAACAGCCUAACCUAUAUGCAGGAAAUGUCUUCUGAAAUGUAAUAUCCAAAUACAGACUUUGGAGAUGUGGCAGUGUUUUCUUUGGCAGAAAGACAGAGAAGGUGUCCUGAGGAUCUUUGAUAGACAAGAUAGGUGCUGACUGGCCAGUUCAGGCAAUCAGAGAAGAUGCUUUGACCCUGAUGUGGGCUCCAGGCCCACCAUCACUGUUGCUGUGUGGCACCAUCUGACUUGUGCUGCCAUGGCUCAGGGCCCGACAGGCUGGGUGGCACAGGGCUGGUAGGGAUGCUGUAGGAAUGGAAGGACUUGCAGAGGCUGACACUUUCUUGGGCCUUUUGCUCACAGCUCUCACACCCUUCCUGCUCCCUCUCACUCUUGCUGUCUUGUGCACUCUCUUCCCUCCCUCAUCCUUCUCUCUCUCUCACCCUUGCCCUUUGCUUACUCUCACCCUCUCUUGUCAUCACUCUCCAAAAUUUUUGAGACUUAAUGAUGUGCAAUAGUAUAUUAAGCAAAAUUAUAUUUCUCCCAGGGGAAUCUUAUUAUUUAUUGCAGAAUGAGUUGGCUAAGAAGGCAGUAAGCUUUUUUGUGGCAGCCCUGGCAUUCAGGGCAGCUGCUGGAUGAGCGUCUCUGGCUAGCCAGUGUAGGAAGCUUUGGGGUUUUGUCUUCUGUAGGCUGCUCACAGUACACACUGCUUGUCAUUUAGAGUACUUCUGUUAGGCCUCAGAGACAGACAUUUGGAGAGCCUCUUAACUGUGUCAGGAGAAGGCACGUGUAACAUCAGUGUCAGGAAAUGGAUGAAGAAAUGUACCUAGCACAAAGGCUCAGGUAGAAGGAGAAUAUUCUACACUGCAGUCAUGUUAUUUCAGAAGAACAUUAACAGAAAUGCUAUUAACUCAGGAAUGGGUGAUCUCUGUUGUGCAUAGGUUUUCUGUGGACCUUACUACCAAAUUUGUUUAAAACUUUUCAUAUAUUCAGGUUACUAUAUAUAGUGCCAGUUUUUUGUAAUUUUUCUGAUUUUUCUAUGUAAAAUUCCAAUAAUUACUAAGUAAUUUUUUAACAAAAUUGUUUUAUUAAAUGACUUGAGUAAAA